UUAAGAGACAACCACUGCCUGACAAGAAGCCAACUUAUUCUGAGGUUUGAACGGCUGGUAAAAGCUUCAAGGUCUCAGUAAUAUAAAGCCUGAGAAAACAAAUGAGCAGGAAAAUAGUCUCCCUAUUGAAUUAAAGAAAAAUUCAAGCAGAGUCACUGAAAAAUAUUUCUGUGAUUAUGGAUUCAACUCACAGCAAAAAGAAAAAAAUAGUUAUCAUUGGUGGUGGAUUGGUGGGUGCAUUAAAUGCUUGCUUCCUUGCAAAGAGAGGUUUCGAAGUUGAUGUCUAUGAAGCCAGGGAAGAUAUUCGAGUUGCAAAAUCUUCCCGUGGAAGAAGUAUUAAUUUGGCCCUUUCUCAUAGAGGGCGUCAGGCUCUUAAAGCUGUUGGACUAGAAGACCAGGUUGUAUCUCAAGGUAUUCCCAUGAGAGCAAGAAUGAUUCAUUCCCUUUCAGGAAAAAAGUCUGCAAUUCCUUAUGGGACAAAAAGUCAAUAUAUUCUUUCAAUAAGUAGAGAAAGUCUAAAUAAGGACCUGUUGACGGCUGUUGAAAAACACCCCACUGCAAAGAUGCACUUUGGACACAAGUUGUUAAACUGUAAACCUGAAGAAGGUGUAAUCACUCUCCUUGGAUCUAAUCAGGUCCCUGUAGAAGUUACUUGUGACCUUAUUGUAGGAUGUGAUGGAGCCUAUUCAACAGUCAGAAAACAGUUCAUGAAGCAGGCUCGGUUCAACUACAGUCAACAGUAUAUUCCUCAUGGGUAUAUGGAACUGACUAUUCCACCUAAGAAUGGGGAGUUUGCCAUGGAACCUAAUUAUCUACACAUAUGGCCUAGAAACACUUUCAUGAUGAUUGCACUUCCUAACCAGAACAAAUCCUUUACCUGUACUUUGUUCAUGCCCUUUGAAGAUUUUGAAAAGCUCACCACAGGUAGUGAUGUACUGAAUUUCUUCCAGAAGCACUUCCCAGAUUCCAUCCCCCUAAUGGGAGAAGAAGCACUGAAACGAGAUUACUUUCUGCUGCCAGCCCAGCCCAUGAUAGCUGUCAAGUGCUCCACAUUCCACAUUGGUUCCCAGUGUGUACUCAUGGGAGAUGCAGCACAUGCUAUUGUACCCUUUUUUGGACAAGGCAUGAAUGCGGGCUUUGAAGACUGUUUGGUGUUUGAUGAGUUAAUGGAUAAAUUCCAUAAUGAUUUAAGUAUCUGUCUUCCAGAAUUCUCAAGACUUCGAAUUCCAGAUGAUCAUGCAAUUUCAGAUUUGUCCAUGUACAAUUACAUAGAAAUGCGAGCACAUGUCAAUUCAAAAUGGUUCAUCUUCCAAAAGAAUAUCGAAAAAUGUCUUCAUGCAAUUAUGCCAUCAACCUUUAUUCCACUCUAUACCAUGGUCACUUUUUCCAGAAUACGAUACCAUGAAGCAGUUCUACGGUGGAAUUGGCAAAAAAAGGUUAUAAACAAAGGACUCUUUUUCUUUGGGACAGCAACAGCCCUAAGUGGUACCUGCUUAUUUAUAACUUACAUGUCUCCAAUGGUCCAACUGAAGAUGCUGUGGUGCUGGAUCACUUCCUUCAGGAGCACGGAAAACCUCUUUUUGAAACUUCCAUGGAAGUAAAAGAGUGAAUUCUAGAUUGUGAUAUAGGCCAUUAUGAAGGAGAGUUAUCUAAUGGCAGAUGGUUGGUUUCUUGAAAAAAAGACCUCAGGCAUUCACAAACAUAUAUUGACCUUCAUUUACAAUUCAUUAUUAAAAAGCAUCCUUCAAAUGAUAAUGCCAUUUGAAUUAAAUUUUUAAAGAGUAUACAUUUUUUAAAAAUUGAGAGCACUAGAAAGAUUUUGGACUCUCAGAAUAUUGUCCUGAAGGUCCAAAAUCAUUUUAUACAUGACAAUGCUAUCAAUGAAAUCCUCCUGGAAAUGUAAAAUUUUUGAACUAAUUUCUUUUUUUGAAAACCCUUACCUUCUAACUUAGAAUCAAUACUAAGUGUUAAUUCCAUGGCAGAAGAG